CCAACCUAGAGCGGUCUGUCACCACUUCCGCUUCCGGUGCCGCCAUUUUGCCGUGAGACAGCAGCGAGAGGCGUCGCCGGGAUGUUGUCUACUGCUGGUUAUGAGGACUUCAGACCUGAGAGGGCUUACGAGCUCGGCGCGCCCGUGCAGCAUCGCUUUUCGCCCUACACCUUUAACGGAGGGACUGUGCUGGCGAUUGCUGGAGAAGACUUUUCUAUAGUUGCUUCUGACACACGAUUGAGUGAAGGUUAUUCAAUUCACUGCCGGGACAGUCCAAAAUGCUACAGGCUAACAGACAAAACGGUCAUUGGAUGCACUGGUUUCCAUGGCGACUGCCUUACCCUCACUAAGAUCAUUGAAGCAAGAUUAAAGAUGUACAAGCAUUCCAAUAACAAGACCAUGACUACUGGAGCUAUUGCAGCAAUGCUGUCUACAAUUCUGUAUUCUCGGCGUUUCUUCCCUUACUAUGUUUACAACAUAAUUGGUGGACUUGAUGAAGAAGGGAAGGGAGCAGUAUAUAGCUUUGAUCCAGUGGGCUCAUAUGAGAGAGAUUCUUUCAAAGCAGCUGGAUCAGCAAGUGCAAUGCUGCAACCCUUGCUUGAUAACCAGAUUGGCUUCAAGAACAUGCAAAAUGUGGAACAUCUACCCCUGACCCUGGAAAAGGCUUUGCAGCUGGUUAAAGAUGUCUUUAUUUCUGCUGCUGAGAGAGAUGUGUACACUGGGGAUGCGCUUAAGAUCUGCAUUGUCACAAAAGAUGGAAUUAAAGAGGAAAUUGUCCAAUUACGAAAAGACUAAUUCAUCUUGCUUAUAAGCAUGUAAUCUAUGAUGUACUAUUUACCUGUAUUAUGGAGACAUCUGUCUUAAUAAAUUUUUUCAAGAAGCUUGA